AUGGCAAAGAUUCAUGGCAAUGACAUGUUGGGCUAUGUGCCCGAGGUGUUAGCUGUCCCUGUUAUGUUGCACUUCCCAUGGUCCUGCCAACUUGCAGGAAGCAGAGAGUACCUAGGCGAACUGUUUCAUCGUCCGUGUGAUGACGAGGAUAUGCUAGUGCGAAGAAUGGCACUGUCCAUGUUGCCUGCUAUAGCUGAAGACGCUGAUGUCAAGUUUUAUGCUUCUCAUAUAGUACCAAUUUUCGAGAAGUCCCUGGAAGAUAAGAUUGGCCUUGACUUGGAGGCAACACAGGCUUUAAUAGCCUUGUUCAAAGCUAAGAAACUAUCUGAUGACGUAUACAGACAGCUUCUGCCAGUUCUGUAUAAAUACCCAGAGGAUCCUAAUUGGCAAGUUCGAUUCUUAAUUGCCAACAGCAUUAAUGAUAUUCACAACCUUGUGAAUUCACCAGUCUUGAAAUCAAGCUGCUUCCCACUGAUGCUGAAUUCUCAAGGGACACAGAAACAAGAGUGCGCUCUGCAGCAGAUCGCUGGUUUCAAGGAUGUUUCAACUUUUUGGCGACAUCAUGCUCCAACUUGGUAUGAGUGUUCUCUUGGAGAAGUAUACGAGCACAAAUCAACCAUCAGUUACGGUGGUGACGUAACACAUCAGAACUAUCGGGACACAGUUGCGAAUAUAGAAAAGCUAGUGGCAGAAGGAAGGAAGUACCUAGGUGAACUGUUUCAUCGUCUGUGUGAGGAUGAAGAUAUGCUAGUGCGAAGAAUGGCACUGUCCAUGUUGCCUGCUAUAGCUGAAGACGCUGAUGCCCAGUUUUUUGCUUCUCAUGUAGUACCCAUUUUCGAGAAGGCCCUGGAUGAUAAGAUUGGUCUUCGCUUGGAGGCGACACAGGCUUUAAUAGCUUUGCUUAAAGCUAAGAAACUAUCUGAUGAUGUACACAGAUAUCUUCUGCCAGUUCUGUAUAAAUACGCAGAGGAUUCACAUUGGCAAGUUCGGUUCUUAAUUGCCAACAGCAUUAAUGAUAUUCACAACUCUGUGAGUUCAUUUAUCCUGCAAUCAAGCUGCUUCUCACUGAUGCUGAAGUUCUCAAGCGACGCAGAAACAAGAGUGCGCUCUGCAGCAGAUCGCUGGUUUCAAGGAUGUUUCUACUUUUUGGCGACAUCAAGUGAGGCUUAG